AUGUGUGAAAAUGUAGUAAUUCAACAGUCUAGCUCAACAGCGGAGAAUAAUUCAUCUAUAGAAAAAAAAAAAUCAAAUGAUGAUUCUGAACAUCUUGAAUUAAAUGCCAAAAAUACCAAUAUUAUAGAAAAUGAACCCAUCGUAGAACCCGAAAUUUCAAACUCUUUUAUUGGUUUUAAAAAUGAUGUUGGGACAAAAAAUGGAAAGUUAUCUAGUGAUGGAUUUUGUGAUUGGAAGCAUGCAGCUGAAAAGUUAUCCCAACAUGAAACAUCAAAACAUCAUCUUGAAGCAAUUAUUGCAAUAAAUCAUCGAGCGAGAGAAAAUGAUUGUCUAGAUCAACAACUUCAAAAACAGAUAACAGAAAUAUCUUCCUAUUGGCGCCAAGUUCUAAAGCGAGUAAUUAGCACAAUCAAAUUGAUUUCAGAACGUGGCUUAGCAUUUAGAGGAGAUGACGAAAUAAUUGGUUCACCAAGAAAUGGAAAUUAUCUUGGAAUUCUUGAAUUAGUGGCGGAGUUUGAUCCAUUUCUGUCAGCUCAUAUAAAAGAUCAUGCGAAUAAAAAAAGUGGUCACACAAAUUACCUUUCAUCAACUAUUUGUGAAGAAUUAAUUGAUCUUAUGGCUAAAGAAGUAUUAGGCGAAAUAAUAACAAGAAUUAAAAAAUCAAAAUAUUAUUCGGUAUCUGUAGAUUCUACUCCCGAUGAAGCACAUAUAGAUCAAUUGACUAUAGUAGUACGCUAUAUGGAAAAAAUGAAUCCAGUAGAAAGAUUUUUAACAUUUCUACCAAAUUGUGGCCACACUGGCAUUGAAAUGGCAAAUACUCUCAUUACAUUUUUGGACCAUCAUGAAAUUGAAUUGAUUGACUGCCGUGGUCAAUCAUAUGACAAUGCGGCAAACAUGAGUGGAAAAUAUCAAGGUAUGCAAGCCUUAAUUAAAAAUAAAAAUGAAUUCGCAGAAUUUGUUCCUUGUUGUGGUCAUUCGUUAAAUUUAGUUGGGAAAACAGCAGCCAACUCGUGUAUUGCAGCUAUUCGUUUCUUUGAUUUCAUACAAAAUCUUUACGUGUUUUUUACUGCAACUCCCAUACGUUAUUCACUUUUAACAAAAAAAUUAGCUUGCAUAGAUAAAAAUAAACGUGUUUACGUUUUAAAGAAUUUGAAUGAAACCCGAUGGUCAUGUCGUGCAGAUGCAACAAAAGCUGUUGUAUUUAGUUAUGAUUAUAUAAAAGAAGCUUUAGUAGAAAUUUCAAACGAUUUUGAUCAAAAAGAAAUUGUUAAAAUCGAAUCCAAAAAACUUUAUGAAUCAAUGUGUCAACUUGAAGUGGCAUUUUAUGCAAUUUUUUGGAAUGAUAUUUUAGAGAGGUUUGAUUUAACAAGCCAUCUUUUACAAGACCCGAAAAUAGUUCUUCAAACUGCUGUAAAUGCCCUUAAUUCUCUUUUAUCAUUUGUUCGAGAAAUACGAAAUAAAUAUGAAGAAUACGAAGAAAAAGCAAAAGAAAUGUCAGGAUCAAAAGAUUAUGCGCAAAUUCAUAAUCGGAAAAAAAAUGUAAGACUAGGUUCAUUAAAUAGUAAUCAAACAGCAACAACCAAGUUAUCACCAAAAGAAAAAUUUAGAAUAGAAAGCUUUAUUUCAGUAGUUGAUCAAUUGAUAGUAUCAUUAACCGAAAGAAUAGGUGCUUAUGAAACAAUUUGUCAACGUUUUGGUUUUUUAAAUAAAAUUGAAAAAUUAGAAACUUCUGAGCUAGAAUCUGCUGCAAAUUAUCUUGUUAGCAUUUAUCCUAAUGAUUUAGAAUCUUCACUCGGUAACGAACUUAGACAGUUCGGUUCAUUUGUAAAAAUAUAUAUAGAAACACGUAAAGAUAAUGAGCAAUGGGAAAUGUUUUUAUACAGAAUUAUUGAGGAAAAUAAUUUACAAUGUACAUUUCCUAAUAUAGAAGUAGUACUGCGUAUAUAUUUGGUUUUGAUGGUGUCCAACUGUAGUGGAGAACGAUCAUUUUCAAAAAUGAAGUUAAUAAAAAACCGACUACGAACUUCGAUGACACAAAGACGACUAUCAGAACUUGCAUUGUUAAGUAUUGAAAGUGACAUACUUAGAUCAUUAGAUUUUUCUCAAGUAGUUGAAAAAUUUGCGGCAACAAAAUCUCGCAAAGUGAUCAUAUGA